GCAAAAAAAAGAAGAGACUGUGCAGUGUUGUUCCUUUCUGGGUUCUCAUCGUCGUCAAGGAACAAGCUUUAACAGAGUUUAACAUAUAUUAGGGUUCUUAUCUCCAAAACCCACCUCACUCAUGGCUGCCAAAGUUUCUGUCUCUCCCACAAGCCUCUUAAAUCAGAUUGUGGUUCCAGGUGAUGUUGUUCUUGAUUUGUCAAACAUGAAUAACCAAACAAUCAAGCUCGGAAGUGGCCUUCUUCAGGAUAAUGAUGCUAUCUCUGCCAUGAGAGCUGGCAAAUUAAGUUACUCCAAGCCUAAUAAGUAUUGGCUCGAAAGUUCUCAUAAACGGUAUAUACCUCGCCCUGAUGAUCAUGUUCUUGGAAUCGUGGUCGAUUCUAGGGCAGAUAAUUUUUGGGUGGACAUUAAAGGACCUCAAUUAGCACUUUUGCCAGUUCUUGCAUUCGAAGGAGGAACACGAAGAAAUAUUCCCAAGUUUGAGGUAGGCACUCUGCUUUAUCUCCGGGUUGUCAAGACAAACAUAGGAAUGAAUCCGGAGCUGUCUUGUACCGAGGCUAGUGGGAAAGCUGCAUUAUUUGGACCCUUGAGAGAUGGUUUCAUGUUUGAAACUUCAACUGGUCUUUCAAGAAUGCUGUUGAAUUCACCAACGCGCCCGGUCAUUGAGGCUCUUGGAAAGAAACUCUCGUUCGAGAUAGCUGUGGGCUUAAAUGGCAGAGUUUGGGUAAAUGCGACAGCUCCACGUAUAGUCAUUAUCGUGGCCAAUGCAAUAAUGAACUCGGAAUCUCUAAGUGGGACUCAGCAGAGAAUCAUGGUUGAGAAAUUGCUCGCGAUAAUUUCAGACUAAACGUUAUUGUUCUUGAAAUGUAACUGAACCCUCAUGAUGCUCUUUAUAGCAAGUGAUUUUGAUUC